AUGGGUCGUACUCUAAACAAGAAGCUCCUUGCUGUUAUGGUCCCGUUUCCUGCACAAGGCCACAUAAAUCCCAUGUUUCAGCUAGCGAAGAAGCUUGCAGUCGAGGAGGGAUUUGCUGUUAUGUUUGUUAACACCGACUAUCAACACGAACGCAUGGUAGGAGCUAAUAGUAACAAAGAGUCGAGCUUAGUCAGAGAGGCUCAAGAAAUCGGUAUUCGAUUAUUGUCGAUCUCUGAUGGAUUAGGUCCUCAUGAAAGUCGAAAUCAGUUUUCGAAGAUGGUGAGAUCAAUGGAGGCCACCUGUGGGCCUUUACUUUGUAAACUGGUUGAUGAGAUCCAAGAGGAGGAGGGACUGGCUGUUACCUGCUUGAUUGUAGACUUAAUUUCAGCCUACUGGGUAUUAGAGGCAACCCAGCACUUGGAUAUAUCAAGAGCUGUCUUUUGGACAGGGCUUACUGCCUCAUACUCCACCUUCUAUCAUGCUCCAACUCUUAUCUCUUCCGGAAUUAUAACUUCCGAAGGUACACCUACUGAUCAUCGUAUGGUCGAAUACGUUCCUUGGGCGCCCCAAAUCCAUUCUAGUCAGUUUCCAUGGCUCCUUCCAGGAAGCGAAGAUCAGGACUUUCUUUUCCUGAUGACCCUUAGAUGUAUUGAAAGCGCAAAAGGGCUAUUCCAUUUUACCAAUACUGUAAAUGAACUAGAAAUCCCAAUUCACAAAUCCUUUGCAAAAGAAGAUCAAGUUUAUUCCAUAGGUCCCUUAAUUCCUUCACAAUUUCUUGAUGCCCAAUCGGAAAGGACAAUGGGUACAAUGAGCACGGGCUUCUGGACAGAGGAAGUUGAGUGCCUCUCAUGGCUGGACAAACAGCUUCCGAAAUCUGUGAUUUAUGUUGCAUUCGGAAGCGUAGCUAUUUUGAACCAAACACAGUUGGAGGAGUUUGCCCUGGGGCUGGAGGCCACUCAGAGACCAUUUCUGUGGGUUCUGCGGUGUGAUCUACUUAAUGGAGAGCCUGCAGUGCUGCCGUCAGGAUUCAUGGAACGCACAAAACAUCUUGGCUGCUUUGUGUCCUGGUCUCCACAGCUAAGAGUCUUGUCCCAUCCUUCUGUAGCCUGCUUCGUCACGCACUGCGGGUGGAAUUCAACUCUUGAGAGCAUCACCAUGGGUGUUCCAAUGAUCUGUUGGCCUUAUUUUGCAGACCAGUUUAUAGACAGCUCCUUUAUAUUAGAAGAGUGGAGAGUCGGGCUGACUUUGAAUGCAAACAUGAAAGGGAUUAUAGAGAAACGUGAGGUCCAGGAGAUAGUCGAGAGGUUAUUAGAUAGUAAGGAAGGUGCUGAGAUAAGUGAAAAAAUGAGUACGCUGAAGAAUAUGGGCUUCCACCCUGGAGUUUCCUCGCAUAAGUCAAAGAUUCAAGUUCUGCGAAAAGGUCAAAACGGUACUAAGGAGAAGAAGGGAAAUAGGAAUAAUUUGCCAUCAGAGGGUUCUCUUGAAAAGCAUGGCAGUCAUGUGCAACAACGAUAUGGGACCCAACCAGUUGGGAAGCCUGUAAAGCCCCCCCUCGCCCCCAGCUUCAGCCAUAGGAAAACUAGAGGGAGACAAGCAACACACGAGGAACGUCUGGCCAAAAGCAGCUAG